UCAAUGGCGGACAUGGCGGUGCCUGUAGAGGAAAUGCUUCAUAUGAAUGGAGGAGAUGGAGAAACAAGCUACGCCAACAACUCUUCAAUAGCGAAAAAAGUGAUGAUGAGAGUAAAACCAAUACUUGAAGAAACCAUCAACAAGAUGUUCUGCUUCAAUCUUCCAACUUGUAUGAAAGUGGCAGAUUUAGGGUGUUCCUCUGGACCAAAUACACUUUUGGCAAUAUCUAACAUUGUCGACAUUGUGAAUGAAACAAGUCUGAGAUUGAAGGUUGAGCCACCCACAUUCCAGUUUUUCCUCAACGAUCUGUUUGGGAAUGAUUUCAAUGCAAUCUUCAAGUCAAUUCCAGAGUUCUACCACACUCGGAAACCAGACACAACGUGUUUCAUAAAUGCAACUCCUGGCACAUUCUAUGGCAUCCUCUUUCCCUCCAAUUCCAUCCACUUCUUCCAUUCCUCUUUCUCUCUCCACUGGCUCUCUCAGGUUCCAGAUUUGUUGAGCGCGGAAGCAAAAAUAGCAGAUGUUGAUAAGGGGAAUAUUUAUGUAACAAGCAUUAGUCCUCCAUCAUGCGCUAAACAAUUUAAAGAAGAUUUCACACUAUUCUUAAGAUCACGUUCCCAGGAAUUGGUGCCCGGCGGUGGUAUGCUCCUCACCUUCAUUGGUAGAUAUGAUUCUUCUCAAAACAUAUCUCCUCCAGGACUCUUUCGUAUCAUACUCAAUGACAUGGUCUUAGAGAAUUUGAUUGAAGAGGCGGACUUGGUGCAUUUCAAUAUGCCGAUUUAUUUUGCUAGAGCUGAUGAAGUCAGAGGAAUUAUAAAGGAAGAAGGGUCUUUCCUUGUAGAAAGAUUAGAAUGUAUCAAAACAAGUUGGGACGGAUCAAGCCUAGAUGAAGCAGGCUGUGAAAGUUUUAAGGAUGAAAAUGAGAGAGGGGAGUUUGCAGCCAAAAUCUUAAGAGCUGUGUAUGAGCCUCUUUUGAAGGCGCAUUUUGGAGCAGGAAUCAUGGAUGAACUCUUCUUUAGGUUUCAGAAGAAGACUGUCCAAUUGCUGCCCAAAUUGGUGUAUCCAACUUUGGUCAUAUCCCUUACUAAAAUUGCUUGAGAGCCAUUGGCAUAGUUAUUAUAAAAUAGCAGAACGAUGAAAGAAACUAUAGCCCAGUACUUUUCUUUCAUAUGGAUGCUUGGAAGAUUCUUCCAUUCAUUAUUAUUUGUGAGUUUGAAUGAACUGUAUGUGUGUUUCUUGGUUGGUUGAUCGUCUUGUUCUCUAUGUACAAGUAUGGUCGUAUCGGUGAGUUGUUCUCACUGUAGUACUCAGACUCGUCCAAUGAUAGUUAGUAUUAUCUGGGUGUACAUUC